UCGAUUUAUGACUGACUAACAAAUAAAUGCAAUUUCUAAAUAUACAAAGUUUCCCUUGGGAUGACUAUUACAGUGUUUGUUUACUGAGUUGAGUGUGAAAUAGGCCCAGACAUACAGGAAAUUAAAAAAAAGAAAAGAAAAUCAAUAGCUAAUACUAGCUAGUAGCUAGUAAUAACUUUAUCAAUAUCAGAUAAUGCUAGCUAACUAAUCUUGGAUUUAUUUAUUUAUUACAGAACUUUUGACUAAAUGCAACCAAGUAUUGUAGUAACCAAAUGCUGUCAAUCAAACCACCACAAGCUACUAUGCCCUGAAAGCUAAAAUAUGGAGCUGUUUGUUUCAACGGUGAAACGUCUCACAGAGAAUCUGCUGCAGAAACAGCAUACAAAUUACGAUGAGGUGAUAGAGAAACUGUUCUCUGAAGUCUCUGGCCUGGAGGAUUUCCCCAAAAUACCAAAUCCAGAGUUUGAGGAGUGUGCCAUCCAGCUGUGGAACUGGGCAGUCACUAAGAAUGUGGGCACCACUAUAAGUAAAAAUCAGAAGGCCAAAGAUGCUCUUACCAUCCUCACAGUGCGGCAUGUUGCAUGCAGUCUCCUGUACUGCUGUGAGCCUGUGAGUCCAACAGAGGGCGUCAUCCGCAAGCAGAUCCUGAUGGCCAGCAAAACAGGGAGAACCUGGCUGGACUGCAAAAAUCCCCAGAUGGCAGAUAACUUCUUAAGGCUUGCUGUCAAGAGCUUGGAGACCCUCUAUAGUCAACUAACGUCCAGAGGUGAUGGAGCAGCUGACAUAACUUCAUCCAAAGGGGAUGUGGAGAAGGAUCUGCUUCGAAUUCUCUCAUGCCAGGCAGAAUCGGCCAUAAGUCAAGGGAAUAACCAGGAGGCUGUGAUCUAUAUGCAACGGUGCAAAGACAUGCUGCUGCGGCUGCCAAAAGAUACUGCAUACCUCUCCCUGAUGUGCUACAACUUUGGAAUAGACACUUACAAUCUGAAAAAGUUUGAGGACAGUGCAUUUUGGUUGAGCCAAAGCUAUGAUAUUGGCAAAAUGAAUGUGAAAUACGCCCCUGGAUCUGAAGUCCAGGCCAAGGUGUUGAGGCUCCUUGCCACUGUUUAUUUAGAGUGGGAUUGUCAGAAGUUUCAGGAGAAGGCUCUUAAUGCUGUCAACUUAGCCAACAAGGAAUGUAUGAGUGCCUCUGGGCUGUACUUAAAGAUCAGAAUACUCCUGAGAUGUGGGGCCUCAGAUGAUCAUAUCAGAGGAGGACUUAAUGAGAUGCUGGAAUGUGAGGUUUCUCUUGAUGUGUGUCUGAGCACAGUGAAACUACUCAUGUCAGAAGACAGAGAAGUGCUGGCAUUAGAGUAUUUGAAAAGUGUGUGUCAGUGCUUUGAGUCGUCCCCUGACCUGGGAUCUGCUCUUGUCUUGCACAUUGAGCUCCUGCUCCAGAGAGGCAAGGAGCUGCUGGGCAAACAGAAGAUCGAGGAUAUUAUCACUGGCCACUAUACUGGAAAACAGCUGACUCCACAGGCCCUCGCAAGUCUACAUGUCAUACUGUGGGAUAAAGCAUCGAAACACUUUGAGGCAAGGAACUAUUCUGAGGCUCUGCAGUGGUAUAACUACUCGCUGAGUUUCUUUAAGGCAGGUCAGAUGGAGCCCAAUCUAGCCAAACUGCAGAGGAACCGAGCUUCCUGUUUCCUGCAGCUAAAGCAACUGGAAAAGGCCAAAGAGGCAAUUAAAGAGGCUGAGAGAUGUGAUCCUGACAGCAUAUUCACACAGUUCAGUAUUUACAAGAUUGCAGUGCAGGACAACAAUGCGAAGAAAGCUGCAGAGGCAGUGAAUGCAAUGGGACUUCUGACCAAGUGUCCUGUGGCCAGUGAGGACAGACUGCUGGUAUCUGAGAACGCUGCAUCGAAUCUCCUCAGUCUGGCUGCUCAGAUUGCUUUGGAGAGUGAGCAGCAGGAAACUGCCAUGAAGGCUCUGGAGAGUUUGUGUGAAAACUCCAAAGAUGACGCUCAGGUUCUGACUGCUCUCAGGUGUUUGGUUCGACUUGUGCUCUCCACAAUAGAAAAAUCGAGUGAUGAAAUGAGGAAUGUGAGUCUGGAUGUCCUUCUGCCAUAUCUAAAAAUGGCUCUGCUGAAAGUUUCACACCAGUCUCACAUGACUGCUGAGCAACGCACAGAUGAAGCUAACUGGUUCAGGAAGAUUGCUUGGAACUCAGCUCUGCAGUGUGAGAAGAGCCCUGACAGAAUGAGGGAUUUCUUUGUGCUCUCUUACCAGCUCUCUCAGCUAUGUCCUCCUGAUCGCACGUUGCUCAUGGGCCAGAAGACGUGUCUGCUAAUGGCUGCCGCUGCCUCUUUGGAGCUCUGCAGGAAGUCUCCUCACUCUGACCAGACUGAGGAGCUCACUCAGGCUCUGGAGCACAUUCAGAUCUGUUGGGAGGUCUGGAAAACCCUUAAAGCAUCAGGAAACUUCCCAAUGGACCCGACAGACACGCUGCUGCUGCUGUAUGAAUUUGAAGCUCGUGCUAAGCUGAACGACCCAAAGGUUGAGACAGUGCUGGAGUCCGUCCUGGAGCUUGAAAAUGUUGAAAUCAAGGUGCUAGAGAUCAUUGCAGCCUUAGCCAUGGAGCCUCCAGCCCACUUCCCUCUGCUGUGCAAGAAGGCCUUGAGGGUUGCUCUCUCCCUGCACAAGAAGCAACCGCAGGCUGACCUGGCCCGCUGCAGCAAGUGCGUUCACAGCCUGAUCAAGUUGUCCCUCCCAAGCGGUGUGUCAGAGGUGGAGGCCCAUGUGCUUGAGGAGGUGUGGGACUACUACGAGGAGGCCCUGUCCAUCAUCACAGCCGCACCGGCCGACUUCCCAGAGAUGGAGACCCUGUGGCUGCUGACUCGGGCCUGGAACACGGGGAUACUGCUGUACAGCCUGGCUCAGUAUCCCGAAGCCGAGAAGUGGUGCGGCCUCGCCAUGAGCUUCGUCUGCCACCUGGGAUCCCUACAGGAGAGCUACGAGACACAGAUGUCUGGUCUCUACAGUGAAAUCCUGGACAGGCUGGACAAAGCCAAGAAGAACCUUAUCUUGGAGGAAUAAUCAAACUAAAGCAGGUCAGCUGUUGUCACCCUGUUGUGAACUCCCUGUAGUGAGGGUGACCUUUGAUGGAUCCAAUUACAUUCGGUUUGUUGCAGCUAAACGUUACUAAUGUUGUGGUAAAAUGUUCAUCACUUAUUCCACAGUUUGAAAAAUUGUUGCUUUAAAUCUGUGUUACUUCAAGGGCAUCUUAGUCACCUAGAGGUUAAGACACUUUAGCUCCUGGUUUGGUUUUGGCCUAGGACGUUUGUUGCAUGUCACCCCACCCUCUUUGUCCCAUGUUUCCUGUCUUUCUCUGCUGUCUCCUGUCAAUAAAAGCUAAAAUACAGAUAAUCUUUAAAAAAAAACUGCGUAAUAAUUUAAAUAUUUGCAACGCCACUGCAUCAGUGAAGCAGAAUAACAAGCACAUCAAAAUCAUAACUGAGUCACAUAUUUUAUUUUCAAACAAAUAAACUCUUGUCAAGUCCCAAAAUAAAACCCAAACAAAAGUUGCAGGACUGUGUUCCCUCAUGACUAGGACAGGGAAGACCAUGAGGCCGAGUGUCCUGAUAGGCUGUACCACCUGCAGUGACAGGAAGGAAACUACUGUACAAUCAAAGGGUUCAUGUUUGCAAGCACUUACUGCACAGAUGUGCUAUAACAUAAACAUCAUCACCCAAAAGUACAAACAAGAACCCUGAAUCCCCCCCCCCCAAACCCAAAAAAUAAAAGCAUAUAUGUCAUCAUUUCUCUCAUCAGAACAAAGACCCUCAUCAAUUAUACACACACAGAGGCAUUCAGGUUCCAUCUUGUUAUAUACCACAACCUCAGUGGAAAGAGUAAAAUGAAAUCAAGUUCUUUGGGCUUUGACAUGGCUGACUGAGGUAUGAAUACCACACACAUUGUUAACAGUCAGCUGUAUUUCAACUAAACACCAGAGAGGACCAAUUCUAAAACUUCUAAUGAUGUAUUGAUCAAUGCUCCUGGUUUUCUGUGAUAUUGUGUAGGUUUCUGCCUGCAUCUCUUUUUAAUUAUUUUACAAUAUAUUUUUUUAAAAUCUAUACACCCAGACACGUUCCACAAGAAAUCACAUGUAGACAGGCCCUAUUUGAGGGAAUUGAAUUCCCAACUGACUAGUUAAGUGUUCCAAUAGGCAUUUGAAGAGAAAUACCAACAAUACAGCACAUUUGUAUGGAAAUUAUAUCUCAAGAGUAGCUCAAACUUUACUUACCUGACAUUUGUGGUCUAUAAAACAUGUUUGUCCCAGUUUGAUUCACACAUGCAUGAAGCACAGGUGAGGGGGAUCUGCUGGGGGCUUAUUUACAUUGUACAGCUACCACACCCUUUGAAACAGUCUGCAAGCAGUUUAUAAAUGGCUCUGUUCCCUUCGGUUAUUCCCUGAACUCUGGUUUUGACACAGGUAAUGACAGCUGGUUUAGCAGUGGUGCCUGGCAGGUGGGCACACCUGUUCAGAAAAUGCCUGCAGGUACAGGUGCUCUGUGGGUGGGAGAGAGCAGAGGACCCCAGAGGUCUAGGUAACCACUUCUCGUUGGGUCUGGCUCUCUUGAGGAGAAAGAAGACAAAUUCCCCCCCCUUGCGCUCUUCAGAAAAAAGCUGAGGAGGAAAGCGAGAACGUUCACAAGAUCGGGGGCAGGAAGGGGAAGGGGGCCGCAGUAUUCCUUCUUCCAACGUGCCCUCUCGCAUGCACACGUUAACAUACAGUACCAAGCUCUGCAUGAGGUGGGUGGGGGGAGGGUGGAGCAGAUCAAUUCAAUCCUGGUGAAGCCUUGAUACAGCCAACUCAAAGGUUACCUCACACAAGCUCCCCGUCUCACGGAAAAAAGAGAAGACGCGUAAUACAACCUGAUAACACUGUUCAGUUGAGAACGCCUUUAACUAAGAGUACUUGUUCGUGCCGUGAACUUUCUGUGUCAUUGCCCAAACGUUGCCCUUCGGUCGCAGGGGAAAUGGUAUCUGUACGUUAAGAUUCCUGAGCCGGUCUAGCUCACCCCCAGACACGCUUCAGAGCUCAACACAGUGGUUCAGCACCUGCCAACAACAGAUUCAUCAAGAAUUCAUAUGUUUAUAGAUACACAAAGCAUUUAGGUUUAAUCAAACCCAACUUUAGUGUUGUUUUUGGUGGGGGGUGGGGGGACAAUCCAAAACAGGUUAUAUUGACUCUUUAAUCAUUAGGACAUCCAAUACAAUUAUUGUCUUGUUCUACCCGUUUUAAGGCCACCGUCAUGGCGGCAGAUAGGACAGUACCAUGUGACCAUUCAAUCAGAAGAGAAUCCUCUUGGAAGGCAGAGAGUGUAAUAGGGUGGUCUGCUGCUCAACAUGAGUUAGGAGGCUCUGGCUGUCCAAAUUGUAAUUGAAUGGCCAAAUUUUUUGUUGAAUUACAUAGCAAAAAAAAAAAAAAAAAAAAAAAAUUUAAAAAUGGCUGAAAUACCGGGGGGUGGGCAGGAGGGGGAGGGCACAGAGGUGAGACUUUGUUUUAUCUAUUGCACUCAAGUCAGGCCUCCUGGCAGUCGGAGGACACAAAAAAGUCAGGAAAGACGGGAAGCGUUUUCCUUGUCAAUUGUGUGCAUCCUCCCUCACAGACAACAGGUAGUCACAAAACAGAAUUUGUAUUUGAUGUAAGGCAGUUUGGUGUUUUGCAGAGAGCCCAGUUACACUUCUCUACCCCCAUCCUUUACACAGAGCAGCUAAAAACCACAAGCAAAAAACCCCACAAAGAAAAGAAAAAAGAACAAAAAAGGAAAAAUGAAAUCUAACAGCCCUCCAAAUUGACAAUUCUAGUGAAGUGUAAAAUGUGUAGUUUUUUUAAUAUGUAGUAAAAUCUCAGUAGGAUUUUAUCAUUUAUCUUGUGAUUUCAUAAUAUAAAUGUAGAGAUUCACAACGCAUUUCUUCCC